GUCGGGCAACACUGUGCACCGACCUGCCAAGUUUGCGCAUUUGUUUCAGCGCAAGGUAAUCACUCCGCGUACAAAACACCUUUCAAACACUUAGGCAGCGCAGCGAAAAUGCCGUAAGCAGCUGGGACUUCGUCACGACCACCUGUGCGCAGGGCACCUCGUUCAUAAUGCAGAACGAGCUGUCGGACCUGCGGCAACGUGUCGCGCCAAUGAACUCCAAAGAUGAGAACUCGGCGGGCUCAUUUCAACCUUUCAAAAAGCCGGCUCUCGGCUUGAUCGGCACACUCCUCACGGAACUUCGGCCUGUGAUGAAGGAGCCCGCGGCAAAGAAGGUCGUGUGGCUGAUGGUAGGAAACAUCAUAUGUAGCUCGGUCCUUUCGUACUGGAGUCGAUCUUCUGGAAGUUUAGCGCUCAAUGCUUUUACACAGCUGACACUGUUUGACCUGCUCUGCUUAGGGAAUUGCUUACUGGGCAUGUGGGUGUCUCAACAGAAGCCUGGACCAACCUACAGCUUUGGGUACAGAAGAUGGGAAGCUCUAGCCAUCUUGGCGAGCACGAUACUGUCGCAACUUGGCUCCUUCUUAGUCUUGAAGGAAAGCCUGGAGAGGCUGCUGGACCCAGCUGUCGUGCAUAGUGGCCGCCUCUUGCCAGGUGCGGUGCUGGGUCUCUGCUGGCACCUGCUGGUCCAGCUGAGCGUUCAGCAGCCAUCGCUGGCCAGCGUCCUGCAGGCGUCCAGCUCUAGUUGGCUCCAGGAGCAUCUGUCUGACAUCAGUCGCAGUGUGUGCAGCGUAGUGCCAGGGCUCUCUGGACUACUGCUGCCGCGCCUGAAUCCCAUCCUUCUCCUGGGCUGGGCUGAGGCAUGCCUCCUGCUCCUCUGCCACACACUGCUGCUUUCCUAUGGCUGGCAGCAUGCGGACACGGUGAUAGCUGUUCUUCUUGCCAUCAUGUGCUGUGCUACAAUGUUACCAGUGAGCAUCCACUGCGCCUGCGUUUUGCUUCAGACGACGCCACGUCACUUGCUGGGCCAGCUAGACAAGUGUCUUCGGGAGGCGUCUACCUUGGAUGGUGUGCUGGAGUUUAGGCACGAGCUCUUCUGGACACUUGCUUUUGGCACACUGGCUGGCUCGGUUCACGUUCGUGUCCGGAGAGAUGCAAAUGAGCAGCUUGUUCUGGCACACAUCGUGGAUCGCCUCUCGGGUCUGGUGCCAGAGCUGACUGUCCAGGUAUUCAAAGAUGAAUGGGCCUGGAGUCGAGCAGCUUCGUUCCAUCCAUCGCGAGACCAAGGAGCUGGGCUAGAUAGACGGGAAUCACUCGGCAGUCAGUCUGCUCAGCACCUAUCUCCUCCCGCUAAAGUGUGAUUUUCUGGCACUGAGGGGAAAAAAAAAAGUUGCCAUGUAAAGUUCUGCAGGGAAGCGAUGGAACUGCAGCGGUCUGUUCCAUUUCUGUGAUAUUGAUGUACUGUUAGUGCGUGUCGAAGCUUGACCAAAAGUCAAGGAAGUAGUCCGUUGGGCACAGUUGUCAUUGGUAAGUGACUUGUAAGGAUCCUGUGGCUGGUCGAUAGGCACAGUGCGUUUAUGAAUGUAUGAUUUAGAGCCUGAUUUAUGCCACUGUACACUUAAACCCUGACAUAACGAAAAUGAAUAUGACGAAUAAAUCAAAUGUAGAUGGAAUGUGCUCCGUCGGACAUCAACAUGUAACCAGUUAAUGUAUAAUUGCGACAAUCAUUGAAUCCAGCAAAGAUACUUUCAUGUUGGACGGAGCCGUUAUGUAUGAGGUACAACCAUGGUCGCCGGGAGGAUUUUCUCGUGGAGGUUGCGACUAGUGUUGCAUCGCGUUUGGGAGAGAAAGAGAGCACUUUUGUAGCUUGGGUGAGGGCAAGUGCCCCUUCUGCAACCCCCCUGCUGAUGCCCAUGGUUACAACUAUAAAACUCAGGCAAAUUUAGAAAUGCGAGGAAGUAUAUGAGUUAUUUUUUAACUAUAUCUAUGCAUAUUUGUGCUGUUGUUUGUGGCAGUGUUGUGCUGCCAUGGUGCAUCGUACAUUUUUGAGGGUGCACAACAGGUGCACUGCUGACUGCAGAACAUUUUGGUGUAGUGACAACAAAGCCAAGCAGAUAUGCACUGUCAUGCUGUACGCGGUCACCGUGUAAGCAUAGUCACGACAAUGUUAUAGCUUCUACAGCUGACGUGAACAUUCUGUACUUAAGCACUAGUGUUCCUCUUGUGUGCGAACAUUAGUUUUAAGUGAACAGACUGUAAACUGCAAUGUGCUGUAACGUUGAGUGGCCUUUCUUCAGUACCACGAUCAUUAAAAUUAACAUUAAUCGUACAUGUUCGUGCGAGUUUAUACCAUUUAUUUGUGCCAGUCCCAUGACAAACAUUGUGGCCUCAUAGUAUACAAUAGCAAUGUUUUUAAUUCUCUUUUUGAAACUACUGUUGGUUUCUACUUUGUACUGUUACACCUUGUGUGACGAUGAAAUUGUGUUCGUUGUUAACUUUUAAAGUGAUUGGAGAGACUUGUAGCAUUGUGGUGCCACUGUGUCUGCUACUACUGUGGGUGUUACGGUAAUAAAUGUCACUGGAUAAUGGAUGUCAGCCACACCUACCGCCCGUUCCA